AGCCCUCCGCGCCACCGCACCCCCGCCCCGCACGCCCACCGCCGGGAGGAUGGGCUGCGGGCGGCGGCGCGGCAGCCCCUGAGCUCCCCGAAGCCGCGGAAACAAAGGGAGCGAGCAGCGGCAGCACCGGGCCGGGGUGGAUGCAAGCAACCAUGAAAGGCUGGGUCUCCGCCUCCUCCGCUGCUGCCAGAGAGCUGCCGGCUGCCGCUGCUCGGAGGACUACCCUGUGAAGGGGGCGGAGGAGAGGCUGGCUGGGUUCGCCGUGCAAAGGUAGAAGGUGUAAGGGAGAGGCGGCAAGAAAAUGUCUUCUUCGGUGGGGCCCCGCGGCCCUCGCCCGCCCACGGUGCCCCCCCCGAUGCAGGAGCUGCCCGACCUGAGCCACCUGACAGAGGAGGAGAGGAACAUCAUCAUGGCAGUGAUGGACCGGCAGAAAGAGGAGGAAGAAAAAGAAGAGGCCAUGCUCAAGAGGUUGCAUCAACAAUUUGAAAGCUAUAAAGAGCAAGUAAGAAAGAUAGGGGAAGAAGCCCGCCGUUACCAGGGAGAGCACAAGGAUGAUGCUCCAACAUGUGGAAUCUGUCAUAAAACAAAGUUUGCAGAUGGUUGUGGCCAUUUGUGCUCUUAUUGCCGGACCAAGUUCUGUGCUCGGUGUGGAGGUCGUGUCUCUCUGCGAUCAAACAAUGAGGACAAAGUGUACAGGAAUUCUGUUCCUCCUCAUUGUGGAUCACAUUCAGCAGUACCUGUAAGAGUUAUGUGGGUAUGCAAUUUAUGUCGAAAGCAACAAGAAAUCCUAACGAAAUCCGGAGCGUGGUUUUUUGGGAGCGGGCCGCAGCCGUCGCCCAGCCAGGACGGGACGCUGAGUGACACGGCCACGGGCGCGAGCUCGGACGCACCGAGAGAAAAGAAAGCGAGGCUCCAGGAGCGAUCGAGGUCACAGACUCCCCUGAGCACAGCAGCUGCCUCGUCGCAGGAAAUCUCCUCUUCCAGUGUGCAGCCCGACCGUAGGAAAGGAGCAGAAGUGUCGCAGCCGGCUAUGGGCCCGGACCAAAAGCAAGCUUCAAGGUCUAGGAGUGAACCUCCAAAAGAGAGGAAGAAGGCAGUAUUGGUUUCUGACCAGAAUGGCAAAGGUGUAAAGAGUGAGCGUAAGCGUGUGCCAAAAUCCUCACUUCAGAAAGAAGGACCAACAGACGACAGGGAGCGUAAAGAGCGGCAUGAAGGUAGAAGGCUGGAGAAAGGCAAGUCACAGGAUUACCCAGACUUGCCAGAGAAACUUGAGGAAGGCAAAGUGCCUGACGAUGAAAAACAAAGGAAGGAAGAUGAAUAUCAUACCCGUUACAAGAGUGACCCCAAUCUGGCGAGAUACCCUGUAAAACCACACCCCGAGGAGCAGCAGAUGCGCAUGCACGCCAAAGUUUCUAAAGCACGACACGAGAGAAGACACAGUGAUGUAGCUUUGCCACACACAGAAAUGGAGGAAGCGGAGGUACCUGAGAAUAAAUUAGGAAAACGCUCACAAUUACAGGGAACUCAGGACAGAAAAUCUCUUGUGGAAACUCAGAGGUCGUACUCUAUAGACAGAACAGGUGAUGUAAGAAUUUCUGUUUCUAAACAAUUAACUAAUCAUAGCCCACCAACUCCCAGGCAUAGUCCAGUUCCUAUAGAACACGUAGAAUACAAGAACCACGAUUCCUUUAUAAAACAGAGCCGCCUUGAUCCUAGCUCUGCUAUUCUCAUGCGAAAAGCAAAGCGGGAGAAAAUGGAGACCAUGCUAAGGAAUGAUUCCCUUAGCUCUGACCAGUCGGAAUCAGUGCGGCCAUCCCCUCCAAAGCCUCAUAGAGCAAAAAGAGGCGGAAAGAAAAGGCAGAUGUCAGUUAGUAGCUCAGAGGAAGAAGGGGCAUCAACACCAGAAUAUACUAGCUGUGAAGAUGUGGAGAUAGAAAGUGAAAGUGUCAGUGAAAAAGGUGACUUGGAUUAUUACUGGCUGGAUCCUGCCACGUGGCACAGCAGGGAGACGUCCCCUAUUAGUUCGCAUCCCGUAACGUGGCAGCCUUCCAAAGAGGGAGAUCGCUUAAUUGGGCGUGUUAUUCUUAACAAGAGAACAACCAUGCCUAAAGAAUCAGGUGCAUUACUGGGGCUAAAAGUUGUUGGAGGAAAAAUGACAGAAUUAGGACGACUCGGUGCCUUCAUUACCAAAGUGAAGAAAGGUAGCUUGGCUGAUGUGGUGGGGCAUCUCAGAGCAGGGGAUGAAGUUCUAGAAUGGAAUGGUAAACCCUUGCCUGGAGCUACAAAUGAAGAAGUUUACAACAUUAUUUUAGAAUCAAAAUCAGAACCUCAAGUUGAAAUCAUUGUUUCAAGGCCUAUUGGUGAUAUUCCACGGAUUCCCGAGACUUCCCACCCCCCGUUAGAGUCUAGUUCAAGUUCUUUUGAAUCUCAGAAGAUGGAAAGGCCUUCUAUUUCUGUUAUAUCUCCGACUAGCCCUGGAGCCCUACGGGAUGCACCUCAGGUCCUACCAGGGCAGCUUUCUGUUAAACUCUGGUAUGACAAAGUGGGACAUCAGUUAAUAGUAAAUGUUCUACAGGCAACAGACUUGCCACCAAGAGUAGAUGGGCGCCCCAGAAAUCCCUAUGUAAAAAUGUAUUUUCUUCCAGACAGAAGUGAUAAAAGUAAAAGAAGGACCAAAACAGUAAAGAAAAGUCUAGAGCCAAAAUGGAAUCAAACUUUUCUCUACUCACAUGUACAUCGUAGAGAUUUUAGAGAACGAAUGCUUGAAAUCACAGUAUGGGAUCAGCCAAGAGUACAAGAAGAAGAGAGUGAAUUUCUUGGAGAGAUUCUUAUAGAGCUGGAGACAGCACUUUUAGAUGAUGAACCACAUUGGUAUAAGCUACAGACACAUGAUGAAUCUUCACUACCUCUGCCUCAGCCAUCACCAUUCAUGCCAAGAAGACAUGUUCAUGGUGGAGAGAGCACUAGCAAAAAAUUACAAAGAUCUCGGCCAAUCAGUGAUAGUGACAUCUCAGAUUUUGAUGUUGAUGAUGGUAUUGGAGUUGUUCCUCCAGUAGGUUAUAGGUCUAGUACUAGAGAAGGUAAAUCCACCACGCUAACUGUGCCAGAGCAGCAGAGAACAACACCUCAUCAUCGUUCACGCUCCGUGUCUCCUCACCGUGGUGACGAUCAGGGCAGGCCCCGUUCACGUUUACCAAAUGUGCCAUUACAGAGGAGUUUAGAUGAAAUUCAUCAGAUGAGAAGAUCACGUUCUCCAACUAGACACCAUGAUGCCUCCAGAACUCCAGUUGAUUACAGAUCCAGAGAGAUGGAUAGUCAGUAUUUGUCUGAUCAAGAAAGUGAGCUUCUUAUGCUGCCCAGAGCAAAGCGAGGAAGAAGUGCAGAGUGCCUACACACCAUCAGUGAACUGCAGCCCUCCCUUGACAGGGCUAGGAGUGCUAGUACCAACUGCUUGAGACCAGAUACUAGUUUGCAUUCACCAGAACGAGAAAGGGGUAGAUGGUCCCCCUCCCUAGAGAGGAGACGACCUACUAGUCCCAGGAUUCAUAUCCAGCAUGCAUCUCCAGAGGAUGACAGAACAAGGACGCUGGAGUCUUGCAUUCCAAAACAGGACAGUGUAGACCACCUAAGUGCUAAACCUGGAGCAGCACAGAGGCAGUCCAGAAAAGUGGAAAGAUAUAGCAGCCAAAAACAAGCUAGGAAAGGCCCUGCAGCUGAAACAGAAAGAACACAUCAGCAAGGAAGUCCCACGCAGUCUCCUCCUGCAGACACCUCCUUCAGCGGUCGUAGGGGAAGACAGCUACCACAAGUUCCAGUAAGAAGUGGCAGUAUAGAGCAAGAGCAAGAGAAUUUUAACUCUCCCACAAAAGCAAGCUUAGUAGUGGAGGAGCGAACGAGACAGAUGAAAAUGAAAGUGCACCGUUAUAAUCAGACAUCAGGGUCUGGUUCUAGCCAAGAACAUGAGCGUGAGCAAUAUACCAAGUAUAACAUACAAACAGAUCAGUACAGAAGUUGUGAUAACGUCUCUGCCAAAUCAUCAGAUAGUGAUGUCAGCGAUGUGUCAGCCAUUUCCCGAACCAGCAGUGCCUCUCGCCUCAGCAGCACAAGUUUCAUGUCAGAGCAAUCUGAGCGCCCGCGGGGCAGGAUCAGUACAUUUACUCCUAAAAUGCAAGGCAGACGGAUGGGGACUUCAGGGAGAAUCACAAAGAGCACAAGCGUGAGCGGGGAGAUGUACAAGCUGGAGCACAUUGACGGGAGCCAGUCGGACACGGCCGUCGGCAUGGUGGGAACAGGUGGGAAGAAGAGGCGCUCCAGCUUUAGUGCCAAGGUGGUUGCCAUAGUGUCUCGAAGGAGCAGAAGCACAUCUCAACUUAGUCAAACAGAGGCUGGCAGCAAGAAGCUAAAGAGCACGAUACAGAGAAGCACAGAAACAGGAAUGGCAGCAGAGAUGAGAAGUCGUAUGGUUCGACAGCCAAGUCGAGAAUCCACUGACGGCAGCAUAAAUAGUUACAGCUCCGAGGGCAACUUAAUAUUUCCUGGGGUACGGCUGGGCGCUGACAGUCAGUUCAGUGAUUUCCUCGAUGGCCUGGGACCUGCACAGUUAGUAGGCCGACAAACACUAGCAACCCCUGCCAUGGGUGACAUCCAGAUUGGAAUGGUGGAUAAAAAAGGCCAGUUAGAAGUAGAAGUCAUUAGAGCCCGUGGCCUCAUCCAAAAACCUGGCUCCAAAUCUACCCCAGCUCCGUAUGUUAAAGUGUAUUUACUGGAAAAUGGAGCAUGUAUAGCUAAGAAGAAGACAAGAAUUGCAAGGAAGACGCUUGAUCCUCUGUACCAACAGACACUGGUUUUUGAGGAAAGUCCACAGGGUAAAGUCCUUCAGGUAAUAGUCUGGGGAGACUAUGGCCGAAUGGACCACAAAUGCUUCAUGGGAGUUGCCCAGAUCCUUCUGGAGGAACUGGAUCUGUCCAGCGUGGUAAUAGGCUGGUAUAAAUUAUUUCCACCUUCAUCGCUAGUGGAUCCAACAUUGACUCCCCUGACACGUAGGGCUUCCCAGUCAUCUCUGGAAAGUUCAACUGGGCCUCCCUGCAUUAGAUCAUAGUAGCAGGUGCUGUCUAUUCAAAACAUCACCCAGGAUAACAAUUGGAACCAGAUAUUCACAUGACAAGAAACACUGUUGGAGAGAGACAAUCACUUCCGUUUUUGCUUGUAGUAGUUAUCCAAACGUUUGUCUGUCUGUCGAGAGAUGGCUUAAAUUGACAGAAAAAAGGUAUAUCACAUACAGCUAAUCUAUUAGCAGCUACAACUGAUGCUUAUAAUGAUUAAAAAAAAAAAAGAGAAAGAAAGGAAAAAGAAAAGAGAGGGACAUUUAGAUUCGACCUAAGUCAAAGAUGACCCAAACUGGAAGCUCUCACUCUGUUAACAAUGUUGUUUUUUCACAUUUUGAGAGAGCCCUCAAGCAGUGUUACCUUCCUGGUGUUUCAGCAGUUUUUCUGUACUUGUCACUUCCACUAGUUUUUUGCCACGUGAUUCUGCUAGUUUUGUAGAAGUCCUCACAAUGCUAACAGAGACCCUUCCUUUCUUUUUCUAAACCAAACAAAAAAGGGCUGAAGCAAAUCUCUGUAAGCAUCGUUAAAGUGUUCAACAGCCACAGUUACAAUUCCAGCGAGUUCAAAUAGUUCCUCAGUUCUGGUACUUACAAGUCUUUCACGUGGGAACCCAGAACAAAUGACCAAUCUAAGUUAUAUUCUUAAAAAUAGAAAUCAUCACAGUGCCACUUUUUCUUUGUAAAAAGCAGAUAUGUUUGCAUUAUAUAUAUAUAAAAUAAUUUUUCUGUUUAUGAUGUUUUGCAUGGAAGAAUUUUGAAGAAUUCUGCAACUACUGCUGGGGACUGGUAUAAAGCAGCUUUAGUCUUAAUUUUGACAUUGAAUAUGUUACUGGUAAUGCAAUUUUCCUCCUAGAAUUGGAGAGGAAAUACUCAUGUUUCUGUGUAUAAAUGUAUAUUUGACUUCCCAAAAUGUUGACCAGGAAUGAAUUGAGCAUAUGACACUUUCAGCUGUACCCAGGCUUCUCUGAUGUGUGUCGCUUCAGACGCACCUGUCUGCCCUGGAUAGAGCAUGGUAUGAGUUGUUCAAUGUUUCACUGGAGAUUCCAGUUGAAAUAUUCUGCACUUACUAAUGUUUUUACCAAAUUUUAGUUUACAUUUCUUUGAGAUUGAUGCAAGCACAAGGCUUGAUUUUUUAACGCAAGAUAUCUUACUUUUUGGAGAAAAAGAAAAUCAAAUUUCAAUUUGCUUUUUAUUCAUUUGAGUUCUUCUUGGCCUUGAAAUCCCUUGUGAUAUUCUGUAAAUGUGCGAAGAACUGCAGAUUCCUGCAGGUGCAUUGAUAUGUUUCCCCUCCUUUUACAGGCCAUUGAAUUUUGUGAUCACACAAAUAGAGCAGCAUGACUUGGAACUGUUCAAAGCUGCAUGCACGUUUUGUAAAAAGAGAUGAAAAAAGGUUAUUUAAUAAUGUAUGUUAGUUCCACAUAGGCCAGCUUGUAUGUUGCAUGUACUUGUACAGUUUGCUCGUAAUUACUAUACUGAAGUAACCAAGAAAUCUAAGCCAUCCAUUUUUCUUAUAGACAUUUUGCAGGUUUUAGCCAGGCUAGGUCUGUGGGUCUGGUGCUAAAUGUCUAUAGAUGGACUUUAUUUUUUACCCUAUGGAAAACGUGAUGUAGUACGGACCAAAUUCCUUCUAAUAACUAUUUUGGUGUAGAUUCCUACUGUGGGGCUGUAACACAUGUAGAAACUGUGUACACACUAGGUUUUAAUUCAUAGACAUACUGCCUGCACCAAGUGAACUAUUUAUUAUUACUCAACACAUGGGAAUUAUUCUGCCCAUCUUUCCAUAGGGCACAGAUUGGUUACUGCUCGACCUGCUGAGCAGGAAGAACUCAAGCAUUGGUGCACUACUACUAGAUCCUGUUCUGUCUUAGUGGACAAAAACCAACUAGCUAUAAUUCGAUAGUAUCUUUCUAUUUUGACCACUUGUCUUAACACUCCCCUGUGCUUUUAAAUGAACUUCCAACUCAUGUUAUGUAAACAUGUUUAAUAAAAUUUCCUUUUCAUGUCCA